CUAAUAGGACGCGUUACCUGGUGUGUGCUGGUGCCUGGUGUUCUGUUCCUGGUGCAUUUUUCAAUACGAGGUGAACGAUGUGGCGAAGAGUAGCGAAAGUUAGCAUUACGUUAGCCCCAUAAGAUCUACUGCUUUUAGAUUUAUUUUCUGCUAACUAUAAAAAAACAUAUUUUACUAUGGAGCGCAUCGAUUUCAAAGGUAAAGAACAGUCUGUAGCUGUCUCUAAAUACCUGGGAACUUUACCGAAAAGCGAGCUUUCAGUCGGUAACUCUUCCCCGAAACGCCUUGCCGUGAAGAGACAUCAUCACAAACACAACCUCAAACACAGAUAUGAAUUUCUUGAAACUCUGGGAAAAGGAACUUACGGAAAAGUAAAGAAAGCUGUUGAAAGAUCCGGCAGAAUGGUUGCCAUCAAGUCAAUAAGAAAGGAGAAGAUAAAGGAUGAACAGGACCUGGUACACAUCCGCAGAGAGAUCGAGAUCAUGUCUUCUCUCAAUCACCCCCACAUCAUCACCAUUUACGAAGUGUUUGAGAACAAGCACAAGAUCGUGAUCGUGAUGGAGUACGCCAGCCGCGGGGACCUGUACGACUACAUCUGCGAGCAGCAGAGGCUGAGCGAGCGGGAGGCGCGACACUUCUUCCGCCAGAUCGUCUCCGCCGUGCACUACUGCCACAGGAACGGAAUCGUGCACAGAGACCUGAAGCUGGAGAAUAUUCUUCUGGAUGGACAAGGGAAUGUGAAGAUCGCGGACUUCGGGCUCUCGAACCUGUACCGGGGCGACGAGUACCUGCAGACCUUCUGCGGCAGCCCGCUGUACGCCUCGCCGGAGAUCGUCAACGGCCGGCCGUACAAGGGCCCCGAGGUGGACAGCUGGUCCCUGGGGGUGCUGCUCUACACCCUGGUGCACGGCGCCAUGCCCUUCGACGGCCUGGACUACCGCAACCUGAUCCGGCAGAUCAGCGCCGGCAACUACCGCAAGCCUGCCAAGCCCUCUGACGCCUGUGGCCUCAUCCGCUGGAUGCUGAUGGUGAACCCGGACCGGCGGGCCACGCUGGAGGAGAUCUCCAGGCACUGGUGGCUGAACUGGGGCUACCGCGGCCCCCUGACCAGCGACGGCGACGGCGACCACGUGGCGGAUCAGCCGGUCGCCGUGGCGCCCCAGGCGGGCGGCCUGUCCAGCAUCGCCAGCUGGCUGCGCAGGAACUCGCGGCCGCUGCUGGAGAACGGCUCCAAGGUGCGCUGCCUGCUGCGGCCUCAAGGGGGCGGCGACGUGGUCCGGCAGCGCUCCCUGCGGAGGUCGCGGAAGGAGAACAACGUCUCCCAGACGAUGCAGGACGGGACCUCCGCGCGCCCGUUCAAGGGCAUCCUGAAGAAGCGGGGCAGCCUGAAGCAGAAGAACCUCAACGAGCCGCUGAGCAGCGAGAACACGAAACCCGCCCCCGUCCCCUCGCCCCCCCUCCUCCGCCCCCUCCCCUCGCCCCCCUCGUCCGCCCCCUCUCCCUCUCCCUCGCCCCCCUCCUCCGUCUCGCUCCCCCGGAAGGGCAUCCUGAAGAAGCCGGUCGAGCGGGAGUCGGGCUACUACUCCUCCUCGCCGGAGAGCAGCGACUCGGCCCAGACGCCCCAGGCCCCCGCCUCGCCCGCCAGCCCGCCGCGCCGCAAGGGCAUCCUCAAGCGGCACGGCAAGUUUUCCACCGGCCGCCCCCAGGAGUUCGGCUCCCUGGACCAGCUGGCGUCCGACGCCCAGCGGGGGGUGCGGGCGCGGCCGGGCGGGGCCACCAGCGAGGACAGCAUACUCUCCUCCGAGUCCUUCGACAUGCUGGACCUGCCCGAGCGCCGGGGGCUGGCCCCCCCCGUCGAGCGGAGCCAGGGGGGCGGGGGCGGCGUCGGCAUGCGCGGCUGCGUUUCCGCCGACGACCUGCUGGGGCUGAGGGACAGCGAGGGGGAGGGGGACCGGCAGCAGAACCUGUGGGACAUGCGCUGCUACCAGAGCAGGACGGCAGAGAGCGCCUUCUCCAUCACCGACUGUGAAAACGUGACCGAGACGUACAGGCGGGCUGUGGAGGCCUGUGGACACUAGAGAGAACCCCGGGCCAGUCUGCCUUUACUUAAAGACACUGUGACACUUACAGUGAGACAAACAGGAGGGAGGGCGGCAUCACUAACUGCACAUUGAGGGCCGCAAUGCCCCAAGAGACUUGUUGAACUGAGGUAUUUUGGGGCCGUGAUGACUGGAAUUGGAUGGUGGUUUGGGAUUAGCCAAUAGCGGGGAGAUCUUUUUGAGGAUGGCGUGGUAUUCUGUCAGUUUACUUCUGUCAUGCACAAACGGUACCAAAAACUAGGCUCAUGACAGAAGGGUCUACCAUUAUCACUUCGAAGACAUGGAAAAUACUUUCACCUUCCUAUUGAUAUCCAGUAGUUCUUUUUUCAGAAUGUACCUUUUCAUUCUUAAAAUGUUCUAGCAGUGUGAGAAGUCAAUGAAUCUCAGGAAAACAAAUCAAGUUAUCUUUAUGCAGACGUAAAAUUGGGUGAGUUUGAAACAUUCGUGGAUUUAUUCAAACUGUAAAACAAGCAGGCAGAUUGAAUCUGCUUGCAUUUCAUUCUCAGUAUUUUUAUACUCAAAUGGACUUCAUGUAGCCUUUACUAUGUGUUUAGGUACACCCAUCACAACUUCUGCUACCUUCCAACCUUUCAUGGAAAAAGCCCCUUUUUGGAAAAGAAAAGCAAAAUGAUUAAUCACUAUUGGAUCUCAAUGAGAGGGUGUCUAUUUGAUGCUUGUCUGGAGUGUCACUUGAACUGAAUUUUGUGUCCAUUUGUCAUGCUGUAAUUUACCUGUACCUUUUUUUAAUAUUGAAUUUUAUUUUAAAAUUUGACUCGCAAGUGAAACCAUCCAUUAGUCUUCAAAGGGGGAGUUACUUUAACCGUUAUCUUUACCAAAGACCUUGUUUGAACGCAAAGGGUAACCUUUUUAACAUCUUCCGUACUGUUUUAAACAAAACAUGACCUUCACCCAAGUGUGCGGUUGAUUAGUAUGACCACUGAAAGCUCUGCUACAACUGGGCUCAGGAUGCAAGUGUGUAUGCAUACACAAAGAUCAGGGGGGUUGUGUCACGCUCACCUGAACAGGAAUCUCAGACAGUGAGCUUUUUUUUCAUUUGCAGAAUGUUGGGAAAGCAGAUGUCCUGUGUGUAAUUAAGAGAUGAGUGAAGUAGGCAGUGUGUACCAAGGAUGUGAAUCUUUGAAGGAAAGGAAUACAAGUGCCAUUCAUCUAAAAUAUGGAUCCAUAUACCAUAUGUGGGACAGGGUUAAUGUUUUGCCUUUAUAGCAACUGUAGAACAGUCUAGCCAAAUACCAAUGUGGCUUUAUCUCUUUAUUGCAUAACAAGGACAGAGGGUAAAGGUUUGUCUCGGUUGCACGUUAGAUCUGAUAAUAGGUACCGAUGGGAAAGGUUUGGUUAUACACUCUUGUGCCUUAAAGGGCCUUGAAUUGCAAUCCAGAUUUCGGUUGUGCCUUCUUAAGAAUUUAGUCAAUACUAUUAAACAGAUUUUUAUGCAAUUGUUGAGAAAUUUGUUUAACAGUGUUUUACACCAAUUACUGCAUGUUGCAUUUUAUUCUGUGCACACAGCCACAGACGUUUGUGAUCGUCUGUCUGGCCUGUGGAUAUUCCAUCAAUAAAACAGAAUGCAAUUCUUAA